AUGGCUGAGGAACCGGAGAGCACCGUUACCACCGGCGCCGCGGCCGACGAAUCGUUACUGGAUAAGAUCAGUGAGAAGCUUCACGGCCACGAUUCCUCGUCCUCUUCCGAUUCCGAUUCGGAUUCGGAUUCCGAAAAAACUGUUACUUCGUCCGUUAAGGAUAAGGUUUUCCGCCUCUUCGGUAGGGAGAGACCUGUUCAUUCCGUUUUCGGCGCCGGAAAACCUGCUGAUGUGUUAUUGUGGAGAAACAAGAAGAUAUCUGGUGGCGUCCUUGGCGGAGCCACUGCUGUUUGGGUCCUUUUUGAGUUGCUCGAGUAUCACCUUCUUACUCUUGUGUGUCACAUUCUGAUACUGUUGCUCGCAGUUCUGUUUUUGUGGUCCAAUGCCCAUACUUUUAUUCACAAAUCUCCACCUCGCAUUCCAGAAGUUCAUCUUCCUGAGGAGCCAUUCCUGGAAGUUGCAUCAGCGUUGAGAAUUGAAAUCAACCGGGGAUUUGCUGUUUUGCAUAGUAUUGGUUCUGGAAGAGAUUUGAAGAAAUUCCUAGCGAUUAUUGCUGGCGCUUGGAUUCUAUCAAUUGUGGGGAACUGGUGCAACUUCUUGACCCUCUUCUACAUAACUUUUAUCUUGUUGCACACGGCUCCUGUGCUAUAUGAGAAGUACGAGGAUAAGAUAGACCCACUUGCAGAGAAGGCAGUUAUUGAGAUUAAAAAGCAAUAUGCUGUGUUUGAUGCUAAGGUCUUGACUAAGAUUCCAGUGGGUCCAUUGAAAGCUAAGUUAUCUUAG